AUGGGCUUCUUCUCGCGCAUAAAAAAGAACAAGUCGCUUGAUGGUGGUGGUGGUGGGGCGGCGCAUUACGAUCCUAGGUUCAGCAAUGACCAAACGACAACACCACGAUCCAACAGUUAUGACCCGAGAGACUACCAACUAUCCUGCUCUGGGUUCAGGGCCAUGGUGACGGGCAAUUCCCGGGGAUUGAUUGCCCAACUGCCCGAGGGGGUGCUACGGCGUAUCUUCGGACUGGUGUGCCCCCAUGCCAGGGACGAGAGCUACGAGACGUUUGAGGGGAGCGCAAUGAUGAUUGUUGGGGGGGAAGAGGAGAGGUGCAUGCUUUGUGACAUGAGGGAUUUGGCGCAUUGCGUUGGGGUGUGUAGACGGUGGAGGGGGGAGGGGGUCAAGGUUUUGUAUCAUAGUAUACGACUCGAUCCGGUGCAUUACUGCCCUCUGGAACCGAUACUUUCUGAUCGAAGAAAACGCCGCUCUUUUUUUGACAGGAAUGGCUCGCCGGAGGAUCCGUGUUUGAUGAGGCUGAAGCUGCUGUGUCGGACGUUGAGGGAGGACCCGGUUAGGAGGGGGGCGUUGGUGAGAUAUCUCAAGAUGCCGUACAUGCUUAGGGAAGCGGCGCAGGCGGAUUUGGCGAGGACGAUUGCGGUUACGCCGGGGUUGAGAUAUGUUGAUUUACCAGAGGGCUUGUUUACCGACGAGCCGGGGUUUGUGACGUUGCGGCUGGAGGUCCAGGCGAGGUGUUUGGAGUUGAGGAAGAUGAGCUACAUGCGCGGGAGCGAGAACUCUUUGCAGGCGCUGGCGACGGGGAGGGUGUGGACGAGGCUGGAGGUGUUGGAGCUGAAUAGGAUGGGGAUGGACGGGGGGAUGUUGAGGUUGGUGUUGGGUGGGUUGGGGGGGUUGAAGGCGCUGAAGAUGUCGGAGAUGGAUGUCGGGGAUGAGGUUUUUUCGAGUGGGUGGGAGGAGCAGCUGCCUCCUUUUCCGGGGACGAUCGAGGAAUUGGUUUUGACCGACUGCAAGAAUAUCACUGGGGAUGGCCUGAGGUCGUGGCUAUCCACCUCCCCUGAAUCACGAGAGCGGCUCCGGGUGCUGACCCUUAACAACACUGGUGUCCGCGUUUGGGGGCUACACUCGAUCAUAUCCCUCGCUCGCGGAUUGAAACACCUCUCCAUCGUCGAAAGGGUCACCGUCGCCAUGCCUUCCUCUCCAGACCUCCAACCCCUCAGGAGCACCACCCUCGAAACCCUCCGCUACGAAAUCACCUCCGCGACCCCAACCAAGAAAUACGGCUCCCCACCACACAACUCCUCAAGCAUAACCUCAUCCUAUUACACCUACCUGGCCACCUCCCUCCUAUCAGGCGGCCUGCCACAACUCCGCUCCGCCUACGUAAGGGACACCACCUUCCCCGACCUCCUCCUCGGCCUACCGCCUCUCCCUUUACCCUCCUUUAGUUCCUCCCCCGCCCGACCAGGCAGCUCCUCCUCCAUAACACCCUUUUCGUCAUCCCCAUCAAGACCCGCCAAUUUCGGUGGUCUCCCCCCCUUACAACCCGGCUCCUCACUACCCAACUCCAACCCCUUCACCCCCGGCCACCGCCCGCAAGGCAGCCUGUCCAGCCUCUCCCCCUUUGGUCAGAACCAACAACAAACCAAUCGCUUCAGCAGCAACAACCCCUUCACCAGCCUCACCACCGCCCACAACGCCUUCCUCAACCUCCCCGCAAAGCUGGAAGUUUUUACAAAAUCCGAAGAGGACGACGCGCUAAACUGGAAUUUUGUCCGCAUCGGCGGCGGCGGUGGCGGCGGUGGGAGACAAAACAAGGGGGAGAGACCACUAAGCAGUUACGGCUUGGGUGCUGAUAUCUUGGGUGACGCAGGCGGUUGGAGCUCUGGUGCCGGGGCAAGGAGGAGCGUGCUUGUUGGUGGGAGGGGGGAG